CCCGCCCGAGGGAGCCGCCCCCGCCGUGAGCGAAGGUGCUCCCCGUCCGGCGCUCGCCGCCAGCCCGCCCCGCCCGCGAGGCGCCGCGCGCCUGCUUCGGCGAAGUAACUUUUUAUACCGCCUCCCCCUAGUCCUGGGGACCAGAGGCGGCGCCGAGCCGGGGGCGGUUCCUUGGCAGCGCCGGGCCCGUCGGAGCCAGACUUGCGCUCCCGGGCUGGGUCUGCAGCAUCCCCGCACCCGCUCCGGGCGCGCGCCGGCCCCUCGGCAGCCCCGGCUUCCGGCGCGGCCGACCCUCCCUGCGGCCCCCUCGGCCUCCGCAGCGCUCGCUCGCUGUCUCCCGGCUCUCCUCCAUUUGUCGUUUGAUGUUCCCACUCUUUGAGGAAGGAUGGUUGACCUGGAGAGCGAAGUGCCCCCUCUGCCUCCCAGGUACAGGUUUCGAGACUUGCUGCUGGGGGACCAAGGAUGGCAGAACGACGACAGGGUACAAGUUGAAUUCUAUAUGAAUGAAAACACAUUUAAAGAGAGGCUAAAAUUAUUUUUCAUAAAAAACCAGAGAUCAAGUCUAAGGAUACGCCUGUUCAAUUUUUCUCUCAAAUUACUAAGCUGCUUAUUAUACAUAAUCCGAGUACUACUAGAAAACCCUUCACAAGGAAAUGAAUGGUCUCAUAUCUUUUGGGUGAACAGAAGUCUACCUUUGUGGGCCUUACAGGUUUCCGUGGCAUUGAUAAGUCUUUUUGAAACAAUAUUACUUGGUUAUCUUAGUUAUAAGGGAAACAUUUGGGAACAGAUUUUACGAAUACCUUUCAUCUUGGAAAUAAUUAAUGCAGUUCCCUUCAUUAUCUCAAUAUUCUGGCCUUCCUUAAGAAAUCUGUUUGUCCCAGUCUUUCUGAACUGUUGGCUUGCCAAACAUGCCUUGGAAAAUAUGAUUAAUGAUCUACACAGAGCCAUUCAGCGUACACAGUCUGCAAUGUUUAAUCAAGUUUUGAUUUUAAUAUCUACAUUACUAUGCCUUAUCUUCACCUGCAUUUGUGGGAUCCAACAUCUGGAACGAAUAGGAAAGAAGCUGAAUCUCUUCGACUCCCUUUAUUUCUGCAUUGUAACGUUUUCUACCGUGGGCUUCGGGGAUGUCACUCCUGAAACAUGGUCCUCCAAGCUUUUUGUCGUUGCUAUGAUUUGUGUUGCUCUUGUGGUUCUACCCAUACAGUUUGAACAGCUGGCUUAUUUGUGGAUGGAGAGACAGAAGUCAGGGGGGAACUAUAGUCGACACAGAGCUCAAACGGAAAAGCACGUUGUUCUGUGUGUCAGCUCGCUGAAGAUCGAUUUACUUAUGGAUUUUCUAAACGAAUUCUAUGCUCAUCCUAGACUCCAGGAUUAUUAUGUGGUGAUUUUGUGUCCUACUGAAAUGGAUGUGCAAGUCCGAAGGGUACUGCAGAUUCCAAUGUGGUCCCAAAGAGUUAUCUAUCUUCAAGGUUCAGCCCUUAAAGAUCAAGACCUGUUGAGAGCAAAGAUGGAUGACGCUGAGGCCUGUUUUAUUCUCAGUAGCCGUUGUGAAGUGGAUAGGACAUCAUCUGAUCACCAAACAAUUUUGAGAGCAUGGGCUGUGAAAGAUUUUGCUCCAAAUUGCCCUUUGUAUGUCCAGAUAUUAAAGCCUGAAAAUAAAUUUCACAUCAAAUUUGCUGAUCAUGUUGUUUGUGAAGAAGAAUUUAAAUACGCCAUGUUAGCUUUAAACUGUAUAUGCCCAGCAACAUCUACACUUAUUACACUACUGGUUCAUACCUCUAGAGGGCAAGAAGGCCAGCAGUCGCCAGAACAAUGGCAGAAGAUGUACGGUAGAUGUUCUGGGAAUGAAGUCUACCACAUUGUUUUGGAAGAAAGUACAUUUUUUGCUGAAUAUGAGGGAAAGAGUUUUACAUAUGCCUCUUUCCAUGCACACAAAAAGUUUGGUGUCUGCUUGAUUGGUGUAAGGAGGGAAGAUAAUAAAAACAUUUUGCUGAAUCCAGGUCCUCGAUACAUUAUGAAUUCUACAGACAUAUGUUUUUAUAUUAAUAUUACCAAAGAAGAGAAUUCAGCAUUUAAAAAUCAAGACCAGCAGAGAAAAAGCAAUGUUUCAAGGUCAUUUUAUCAUGGACCUUCCAGAUUACCUGUACAUAGCAUAAUUGCCAGCAUGGGUACUGUGGCUAUAGACUUGCAAGACACAAGCUGUAGAUCAGCAAGUGGCCCUACCCUGUCUCUUCCGACAGAAGGAAGUAAAGAAAUAAGAAGACCUAGUAUUGCUCCUGUUUUAGAGGUUGCAGAUACAUCAUCAAUUCAAACAUGUGAUCUUCUAAGUGACCAAUCAGAAGAUGAAACUACACCAGAUGAAGAAAUUUCUUCAAACUUAGAGUAUGCUAAAGGUUACCCACCGUAUUCUCCAUAUAUAGGAAGUUCACCCACUUUUUGUCAUCUCCUUCAUGAAAAAGUACCAUUUUGCUGCUUAAGAUUAGACAAGAGUUGCCAGCAUAACUACUAUGAGGAUGCAAAAGCCUAUGGAUUCAAAAAUAAACUAAUUAUAGUUGCAGCUGAAACAGCUGGAAAUGGAUUGUAUAACUUUAUUGUUCCUCUCAGGGCAUACUAUAGACCAAAGAAAGAACUUAAUCCCAUAGUACUGCUAUUGGAUAACCCCCUAGAUGACUUACUCAGGUGUGGAGUGACCUUUGCUGCCAACAUGGUGGUUGUGGACAAAGAGAGCACCAUGAGUGCGGAGGAAGACUACAUGGCAGAUGCCAAAACCAUCGUGAACGUGCAGACUCUCUUCAGGUUGUUUUCCAGUCUCAGUAUUAUCACAGAGCUUACUCACCCAGCCAACAUGAGAUUCAUGCAAUUCAGAGCCAAAGACUGUUAUUCUCUUGCUCUUUCAAAACUGGAAAAGAAAGAACGAGAGAGAGGUUCUAACCUGGCCUUUAUGUUUCGACUGCCUUUUGCUGCUGGGAGGGUGUUUAGCAUCAGUAUGUUGGACACUCUGCUGUAUCAGUCAUUUGUGAAGGAUUAUAUGAUUUCGAUCACGAGACUUCUGUUGGGACUGGACACUACACCAGGGUCUGGGUUUCUUUGUUCUAUGAAAAUUACUGAAGAUGACUUAUGGAUCAGAACUUACGCCAGACUUUAUCAGAAGUUGUGUUCUUCUACUGGAGAUGUUCCCAUUGGAAUCUACAGGACUGAGUCUCAGAAACUUACUACAUCUGAGUCUCAAAUAUCUAUCAGUGUAGAAGAGUGGGAAGACACCAAAGACUCCAGAGAACAAGGGCACCACCGCGGGAACCACCGCAACUCAACAUCCAGCGACCAGUCGGACCAUCCCUUGCUGCGGAGAAAAAGCAUGCAGUGGGCCCGAAGACUGAGCAGGAAAGGCCCAAAACACUCUGGUAAAACAGCUGAAAAAAUAACCCAGCAGCGACUGAACCUCUACAGGAGGUCAGAAAGACAAGAGCUUGCUGAACUUGUGAAAAAUAGAAUGAAACACUUGGGUCUUUCUACGGUGGGAUAUGAUGAAAUGAAUGAUCAUCAAAGUACCCUCUCCUACAUCCUAAUUAACCCAUCUCCAGAUACCAGGAUAGAGCUGAAUGAUGUUGUAUACUUAAUUAGACCAGAUCCACUGGCCUACCUUCCGAACAGUGACCCCAGUCGAAGAAACAGCAUCUGCAAUGUCACCGGUCAAGACGCUCGGGAGGAAACUCAACUUUGAUAAAAAUAAAAUGAGAAACUUUUUCCUGCAAGGAUCUUGCUUGAAACCACAAAAGUGUUGCUGGCAUGAAAGAAACUAGAUGGAAAUAUAUGUAGUUUUCUCAUAUUUAAAAACAUAAUCUUUUCUCUUAGAAGUAUAGAUUAUUUAGAAACUUAAUGUACUACUUACUGGUACUCUCCCUAUUAAUAUUUGAAGGACGUCAGUGGAAUAAGUUUGAAAAGUGAUAUUAAAAUACAGAUAUUUAAAUCUGACAUUUAAUUGUUUUAUAGUAAUCCAAACUAUAUGAAACCAAUUUUAAAAAUUAUUAAGGUUUUAUGAAGUUGACAAAAUCUAACUAUAUUUGUUGCAUCACAGUGGACACAGAAUGUUGCUGCCCCUCUUAAAAAUUAAAUGUGCCAUAUUAUAUUCUUUAAACUCACUGUUUUACAAAGUUGAGCUCAUCAUAAAUGUCUGGUCUUCUCUACAUAGAGAUUAACUAACAAACUUGUGUGGCUGACUUUUGUGUAAGAAUCAUAGUUUGCUUUAGAAUACAAAUCUUUAAGUCAUUUUAACGUUUUUUGUCUGCCUUAUGAUAUAAAAAUAUUUAUCUUAGAAUUUGAGAUGUCAUAGCAUGUUUUAUUACACUGAAGUAACUAAAACAUAAAUGAAAAGAAACACUAGGUUCCUGCACUUUUUGGUAACUUUAUAUCUAGCAAACAUUUUAUGCCAAGAACAGCAUACUCUAAAGCAAAUAUCUAUUAUUCUCCUAAAAGAAUGCCUAGCAUAGAGAAAAUACUUAAUACACAUUUGUUGACUUAAAUUUAAUUCAAGGAUUGAAACAUUAACUGGAUUUCUUGAAAUAUGUAGUAAUGAUUGGCACUAGACUCUUGAGCUUUAUCAUGUUUCAUGUAUUUAUAUAGUAAAUUUCAUUAGAAAAAUACUUUUAAAAUUGACAGAAGAUAAUUUUUAAAGAUAAUUUAUACCUUUUAUGAACCCCAAAGACACUUCAAAACUUUAAAAGUCCUUCUUAUGUCUUUGGUAAUGAAACAAUAACACUGAAAAAAGAUUGUAUUACAGAUUUUGGCUUAAUUUUGAAAUUAUAUGAGCUAUAUUUUAACAUUAUGAGAGAAAAGCGUAAAACAAGAAUAGGUAGUUCUUGGCUUUUAACAUUAAUACAAAUCAUGUAGAAUUUGAUUUAUAAAUUUAUAUAUAAAUUGACCGUUGAUAACACCAAUUUUUUACCUGUAUUGUGUUUUCUCCCUAGAGAAAUAGAUCAAAAAAGCAUAAGAGAAUGCAUACAUAGUUUUCUAGGUAGUGGAAGUGUGUUAAAAUGUGUCUUAUAAAGGAAACAUUGGUAAAUUUAAAUUAUACUCUUCUAAUUUUGUAUUUUUUAGUUUUUGAAUUUGGCAUUGAGUUUAAUUCAACAACAAAGAAUACGUAGAAGACUAGAAAGGGACAUUUUUGCCUUUCUUUCCAUAAUGACACAGAUGAACUUAAAGAGUAAGAAAAAAUUUUAAGAUAUUCUAAUGUUCUCUCAAUAAUUCUACAGAAAUAAAAUUGUAAAGUGCAAUGUGAAAUCAAAGAUUGUAGUCCUGGUAUAAUUUGACUUGGAGACUAUGAAAUGCCUUUUUUCUUUUGAGUAUUUUACAUUAUCCAUAUUUUAGAAUAACAAGAACUCCAAGAAUUACCCCUAAAACAGAGAUCCUGCAUUUAAUCUACUUUGAUCACAGAAGUAGAAUUUAUGACAGGUUAGCUAAAAUUGGGAGCAUGCCUUAAAACUUAAAGAUUGUAUGCAUAUAUGUGUAUAUGUUAUAAACAUGUGAAAUAUAUUUGACACACACAUUCACAUAUAAAUUGUUAAAAACUGAAGGCAGAAUGGAACUAAUAUAUAUGUAACAGAGAAAAAUAAUACAUUUAAUGAACUUGUUUUAUAUUUGCAUAUCAAGAGUCAAGUAUGAUGUUUAAGUUAACCUUUUUUACUUCAUUAUUUUUAGGAUUAAAUGUAAGAUUUUACAAAUCUUUUAUUUCCCCACAAGAUUUGAUGUUUGGUAUUUUUGCAUUAUGACAGUUGUCAAGACUAGGAUUUUAAGCUAGGAUAUGAUUAUAUUUCCUAUAUAAUUAAAAAUUUUGUUUCAUAAAUUUUAAGAUAAUUAUUUUUGACUAUGAACAUUAGUCCAAAUUUAAUAUUUGACACAGUUCAUACCAGCUUGCUACAAUAAUGAUAAUUUAUUAGCCUUUCUCUUAUUUAAAGAAUAAAAACAUGUUUAUAAAAGACUUUUAAUGAACUGUUGCCUUUUUAAAAUAAUUAUACUUGCACAAGAAAAUAAAAUAUAAAGUCAGUAAUAGCCCUUGCAGCCCAAUGGGAAUUGAUUCUGUUUAUUGGUCUGUACCAUUUUGCUACCAGUUACAUUGAACUGCUUUAAAAUGAAUAAUAAAAUUAUUUCUAAUGAUG